UUUGAUGUUUUUUUUUUUUUUGGUGUACGUGACGUCACAUCGUCCGCUGACGAGACGCAAAAUAUGACAGCGAGAGUAUGAAUGUAUGAAUAUUUCUGUUUGUCCUUCACUCCUCAACACCAUUAGCUGAGCGAAGCUAGAGUCUCAGACCAUGAAUUACGUGGGUCAGCUAGCGGGGCAGGUGUUUGUGCAGGUGAAGGAGCUCUACAGAGGUCUGAAUCCUGCCACUCUGUCCGGCUGCAUAGAUGUCAUUGUUGUCCGGCAGCCAGAUGGAGCUCUAAUCUGCUCUCCAUUUCACGUACGCUUCGGAAAAAUGGGUGUCCUGAGAUCACGAGAGAAAGUGGUAGACAUUGAGAUCAAUGGGGAACCUGUGGAUUUGCACAUGAAGCUGGGCGAGAACGGAGAAGCUUUCUUUGUCAAGGAGACAGAAGCCGAUCCGGAAGUGAUUCCAUCUUACCUGGCCACUUCUCCCAUUCCGUCUGACGGGGGGCUACUGAUGGGCUCCAGCCGCGAGAAUGCAGUGAUGAAGAAGAGGAGGAAGAGGAGAAGGAAGUGCAGAGUGGAGGAUGUGAAGGUGGAGAAGAGUGUGGAGUUCUCAGAGGAAGAACUGUUCAACAUCGACAUCAAUGACAGCGACGAGCCCGAUCAGAACAGAGACCUGAUGAAUGGAGGUUCAUCCACUGAAAACACACAAAACACAAUUCAUGCUCGUUCAGAUGGAGAGUGGAGUCCUGUUCACAGUCCUAAUGUGUCUCGUCCGUGCACACCUAAAAGUGACUCUGAGCUUCUUAGUAAAGAUCAGCUGGAGGAUUCGGCAAUGUUGUGGUCCUGGGGGGAGUUACCGCAAGCUGCCACGCCAUCGUUUCUGUCAACGAAACCAGAUGUCAUGCCUGCAUGUCCACUGUCAAUCCCGGUCUCUGACAACACACAUUUCAGAGUCAUCCCUGAGAUGGCAACCCAUGGCCAUAACAGAAACCGGACAUUAGAUUCUGAUGGCCAAUCAAACAGAGCCAAAGAGCAGGAUGUGACACCAGCGGCUUGGGUGAUGUCAGAGGUUGAGGAGGGCGGAGCAAAGGCUGGACCCCGCCCACAAAACAAGACUGAUUCCCCUUCUAAAAGAAAAGAUAAGAAAAGCCGGCAUCUGGGUUCUGAUGGCGUGUACUUGGAUGAUAUAAAAGAUCUGGAGCCAGAAGUGGCGGCACUUUACUUCCCUAAAAGGUUGGCUAUGCAAGCCUUCCAGAAACCAUUGUCUAAGGCCACCAUAGAGAGACUUAUGAAGGAGAAAAUGCCCAGAAAUCAAGGAAGAUGGUGGUUUUCAUGGCGAGGAAGAACAAACAGCUCUAAACCGGAUUUAGUCUCAGGCGGUUCAUCAUGUCCUGCAGGAGAUGAGACCAUCAAGAACAGGCGGAAAGACGAAUCCUCCUCCAGCGAUGAAGACUUAACUGCAAAACAAAGCCCUGUCCCUGUUCACACAGACCCCGCCCCUGCAGGAGGGGGCGUGUCCUAUCAGAAAACACUUCGCCUCUCUUCAGAACAACUGGUCAGUCUGCAGCUAAAGGACGGUCCUAAUGAUGCGGUGUUUAGUGUGACGACUCAGUAUCAGGGCACGUGUCGCUGUGAAGGAAUCAUCUACCUGUGGAACUGGGAUGAUAAAAUCAUCAUAUCAGACAUCGACGGCACAAUCACCAGGUCAGAUAAGCUAGGGCACAUUCUGCCCACGCUGGGUAAAGACUGGACCCAUCAGGGCAUCGCAAGUCUGUAUCACAGCAUCAGCCAGAAUGGUUAUAAGUUUCUGUAUUGCUCGGCGAGGGCGAUCGGUAUGGCUGACAUGACGCGGGGUUACCUGCACUGGGUAAAUGAGAGAGGAACCAUGUUACCCCAGGGACCCGUUUUACUGAGUCCCAGCAGCCUGCUAUCAGCACUGCACAGGGAGGUAAUCGAGAAGAGGCCGGAGAAGUUUAAGGUGGCGUGUUUGACAGACAUUAAGAAUCUGUUCUUCCCAAACACUGAACCCUUCUACGCAGCGUUUGGGAACAGAAACACUGAUGUGUUUUCCUAUAAGGAAGUUGGUGUUCCCUUAAACAGAAUCUUCACUGUCAAUCCUAAAGGAGAACUGAUCCAGGAACAUGCAAAGACCAACAUCUCAUCGUACGUUCGUCUAGGUGAGGUGGUGGAUCAUGUUUUCCCGCUCCUGAAGCGCAGAGGUUCUUGUGAUUUCCCCUGCAGUGACACCUUCAGCCAGUUCACCUUCUGGAGAGAACAGCUCCCCCUCUUGGAUGGACAGAUAGUGAACACCAGUCACUGAACAGCUGCGCUGAUCCACACACAACAUCACGUGUGGACGGACAGACGCUUGCAUAAACUGAACACAGAAUUAAAUCUGUGCGAUUAUAUGAAAAUCACACAUAAUAAACAUGUGUGCAUCUGGACUUCAGAAAAAAUUGCACUUUCUUUCAAAGAAGUCUUCACAUGUCACUUGUGAUUUAGAGUAUAUUGUUAGUUGAUUUGUAAAAAUUAGCUCAGAUCUUGGAUAUAUUUUUCAGUUUUCAGUUUUGCUUGUGGCGAUCACAAGCUUUUGUUGUGAAAAGCAUCUGUUAAUAUAUUAAUUUACUGCAAGAACAAUCCAUCAUAUCAGGACAGUGAGUUUGUUGAUAUAGAUUUCCAUAAAUUAUCAAAAGAGUCCUGAAACUGAAUGUUACAUUUCACAUAAUUUUAAAUGUCCAGGCCAUAUUUCACCCCAGAUUCAAUAUUUAAAAAAAAAAUUGACCAUCAAACACAUUUAUU